AUGCAAAUAUGGGACACCGCUGGACAGGAACGAUUUCAGUCACUUGGUGUGGCCUUUUACCGCGGAGCAGAUUGCUGUGUCUUAGUCCACGACUUGACACAGUUUAAGUCAUUCGAGCAUCUCGAAAGCUGGCGAGAGGAAUUUUUGGUGCAGGCAGCCCCAAAAAACGCGGAAAAUUUUCCAUUCGUUGUUCUUGGUACUCUAGGUUUCAAUUUUACAAUUUGACUGUAGUUUUGACAGAAGUAGAAAUUUCAGUAGCUUUGAUCUCUAUACACCGAUGGACAUGGAACGUUGCAACAGAAAGACGCAGGAACCUCUAAUUAAAAGAUCUUACACCCCGCGAGUGGGUACAUCUAUCUAUCUAUCUAUCUAACAAUUACAGGUAAUAAGAGUGACUUGAAUCCGGCAGUGUCUAAGAACCACUUGAAGGCCUAUCAAGAUUGGUGCCAGUCCAAGAAGGACAUCCCUCACUUCAUGACGUCAGCGAGGGAGUCCACCAAUGUAGAGGAUGCAUUCCGCGAGAUCGCCAGGAAUUAAGGGUUACAUAUAAUUAGUUCAUAUAAUUAGUAGUAAAAGUGCACACCCGUCUGAGGACUGGGUAUAUCAUCAUCACCUAUCAUCUAAGCGCAUCUCUAUGGCUUCUUCAAGUAGGAGAGCCAUAUAGAUACGCGACAUACUAGAUAAGAGCAUCUCUAUGGCUUCUUCAAGUAGGAAAGCCAUAGAUAUGCGAGCUAGAGAUAAGAGCAUCUCUAUGGCUUCUUCAAGUAGGAAAGCCAUAUAGAUAUGCGACAUACUAGUGGCCCGAUGCCAACUCUCAACCUCUAAAGAAAGGCGCUUCAGCAGGAAGCGGCGGAGAGCAUCUCCUAUGUCCCGGAUAACACUUUGAUUAACCUGUCUCAGCACAGCAUGAACAGGCCAGGAGAGAAUGGCUCUCGCGUCGGAGCGGCACCAGGCGCAGACUGCGCAUGCUAGGACGAGACUUGGUACUUUCUUUUUUAUGAGUGUGAGUAGUACCUGUUGUACUUCCUUUUUUAUCUAAGUACCUAAGAUUCAUUUCGAAUAACAAUUAAGUACUGGAACACCACCUCGUGCUAGGUAAGUGAGUGAAUGUGUGAGUACCUGUUGUACUUCCUUUUUUAUCUACUUAAGAUAAAAACUUGUUGUAGUUCUUCUAGAAGUUCAAGUAUAAUAAUGUUUCCAGAAGUUUUUCCUUUGUUUCAUCGAUCUUCUAAAUUUGUUGAUGUAAUCCCUCACGCUGCAUUCAGGUCCACUCACGUGCCACAUUUGGCAGCCAAGAUUUUCAUCUGCCGUGAUAUUUUUUUUGUAGCUGAGUCCGCUGGCCGCAUAGAAGUACUGGAGCUUAGCUGAAGCUUGUUCUCCCGUGAUAACCGAUCAUAAAUACCACACGUCAAACAUGGAGCUGCUAAUGUUGUGACAUUCACCACGAUUAGCAAUGUCUUUUGUUCAAAGAAUAACAAGAAUUUAUGAAAGCAAGAGGUGCCUAGCUGCACCUGCUCCUGGUGCAGGUACUGCUCUACUAAGUCUAACAAAGAAGAAUCAAUUAGUACUAUUAAGUGAUGUAGUCUUCUCGUAAUUCGCACAACCAAUAGCACCUUUGCUUCUACUACCCAGUAUUUGCUAUUGGUGCAACUCUCUUUUGAGCAUCAUUAUCCGCGAUGGCGAUGAUAACAAAUUAAAUCUAAUAUUGUGAAGCAGAAGCAGCUGUUGCUCGAAGUACAACUCGACAGGAGGUUGUAGCUUCAUGAUGUGCGUCCUAUCAAAUAAGAUCGUGAUCAUAUUCAACACAUGAUAGUAUAACUACAACCCAUUGAUUGAACUUGGAAGGCACGCAGAGAACCACGACAGAGAAUAGUACUUGCUUGCUUGUCAUAUCACCGUCUCGUCUUCUCACGACGACAUUUGCAUGACCAAAAUCUAUGCUGUUGAUUAUGUCUUAGCAACUGAAAUGUAGUAAAUCGAAGUCAAACUACUUUUUUGAUCACGACCAUCAUUCAACAUCAAUUAUUCGGAACUUAGUUAUGAUCACUGUUUUGGAAGACAAACAAUUAAUCUCGAAAUUCCCUGAAACUGAAACUGAGGACCCUGCGGACCUCUCCCCAUGACCACGUUGUUACUCACUCAUCCGCUAAUAUGCGUGGAGAUGGAAGCCUUUGAAGAGAUCCUUUUUUCAGCUUUAUUCCUACAGAAGUCGAG